GGUCAACCAGUGUGGUUUUUUGUGAACAAUGGAAAAGACCUUUGGGAACCGGCGUUAAUUAUUGAAACUGAUCCGCUUACUGUACAAUGCAUUCAAAAUGGUCAAACAGUUCUAUUGGAAAACACAGUUAGAGUUAUCGAAAGAAAAUUAUUCGAUCCAAAUACUGAAAAUUUAGCUACUAUUCCUGAUGAAUCAGAAUCAGCGCUGUUAUUUGCUUUGCGGAAACGUUUUGAUACAAAACGUUUUUACACAUUUGCUGGUGAUGUAUUAAUAGUACUAAAUCCAUAUGAUCCAUUAUCAACAAUUUAUGAUGAUACAGUGCAAAAAUUGUAUCGAAAAACCAAUAAUCUCAAUAAUUUACCAGCGCAUAUAUUCACCGUUGCUCAAAAAGCUUUAGCGCGUAUUGAAAAUGACCAAUCAAAGCAUGAAUCGAUUUGUUUUUGUGGUGAAUCAGGUUCAGGUAAAACCUAUAAUUUAAUGCAUUGUGCUAAUUAUUUAAUCAAUAAUUCUAUACAAUAUGAAUCAAAGCUAACAAUCACUGUGCAACAGUUACAAGCAGUGGAACGUAUACUUGAUGCAUUUGGAAGUGCUCGUACAUUGAAAAAUACCCAAGGAACACGAAUGGGUUAUUGCAUGGAAAUGAUUUAUCGAAACGCGACACUCACUGGUUUCUCAAUUUAUACAAUUCCACAACAACAACAACAACAACAACAACAUCGACAACAACAACAAUUACAACAAAUUCAAAUACACGUAGAACCUAGUCGAAUUGUUAGUCAACGACUUGGUGAAUGUAAUUUUAAUGUAUUCUAUGAAUUUUGUUCAAGUAUGGAUACUAAUGAAAAGUAUAAAUUGGGUUUGAAAGGUGAACAACAACAUUUCUACCUGAAUCAGGGUAAAGUUUCAAUGGAUCCGAUGGUACAACGUCAAAAAUACGAAAGGCUUUGUAGCUCAUUGGAGUUAUUAGAUAUUAGUGAACAUCAACAGGAAUUCAUCCAACGUAUUCUGGCUGCUAUUUUGCAUAUUGGCAAUUUGUAUUUUAAACUUACUAAACCAAGAAGUGGUACUGUAAAUGGAACAGAUGUUCAAUGCAAUGAUAUUAUGAAUGGUGUUGAAAUAGGCAAUGAGCAGGAACUUAAAUGGUGUGCUUAUUUAUUGGAAAUUGAUUUGGAAUCGUUGUAUGAAUUGCUAACUCAAAAACAAAUAAAGAUAAGUGAAGAAGGUGAAAUAGCAUCAGUACCUUUAAGUAUUGAACAGGCAUUAGAUGUCAGAGAUUCAAUUGCUCAGUUAUUGUAUGAACAAUUAAUUGAAUGGAUUCUUAAACGUAUCAAUGCAACAACAAUGAAUGAAUGUAACAUUAUUAGCAGCAAUAACAACAUGGCUACAGUUGUGCUUGCUGAUUGUUAUGGUUUUGAACGUUUUACAAGUUUGAAUGGAUUCGAACAAUUUUGCAUUAAUUUAUAUAACGAGCGAUUGGAAUGGUACUAUCAGCAAAAAAUACUGCGAGAAUUACAAUGGGAAUAUCAAAAAGAUAGCAUUUCUGGAAUUGAUAUGCAAUCUGUUCAGUGGUUUAAUAAUGAACCAGUUAUCGAAUUACUUCUUCAGCGUCCUAAUGGCUUACUUCCAGCAUUAGAUGAUGAAUCAAAAUUUCCGAAAGCAUCUGCUGCUCGUUAUUUACAACAAUGUAUUCUCAACCAUCAACAAUCACCUCGACAGUUGUUUAUCACUAAAACAACAACAGUUCCUUCUGUUAUCACUGAUAUCAAACCACUGGAUAGAUAUGAAUUUGCUAUUCGCCAUUAUGCUGGUCAAAUUUGGUAUGAUUGCGCACAGUUUGUGGAAAAGAAUCGCUUGCAAAUUAGAUGGCAAACAAUAAUGCUGCUUGCAAAUAGCCAAAAUUCGUUGAUAGCUCAACUUUUCCGAUCUUUGACAAUAAAUAAUAUGAAAUUAACACAGCAACAAUUAUUGGAUGGAACAAUUUAUGUUGCUCAACGAUAUAAUCGAGCAGCAAAAAUACUUAUUGAUAAAAUGAAUAAAGGUGAUGUGCAAUUUGUACGUUGUAUACGUAGUAAUCAGGAACGUGAAAUGUUGAAAUUUUGUCCACAAACAGUGAUGCGACAAUUACGAUCACUUUCAUUGCUUGCUACCACAAAUAAUUAUCGUCUAGGAUUUCCAUAUCGACAAUCAUUUGAUCGAUUUGCUGAAAGAUAUCGAUGUUUGCUACCGCUAGAUAUAGCCCGGUGUCAAACGGUAUAUGAAUUAUCUAAAGAUAUUCUUGAACAACAGGGUAAUAAAUUUCAUCCACAUUAUCGAUUAGGCAAAACACAAGUAUUUAUGCGUGAACUGGUACGUGAACAUUUGGAAACACGUCGUAAUGCAUUACUUGAUCGUUCAGCUAUUGUGAUACAAAAAAAUUUACGUAAAUGGUUUGAAGAACGAAAAUUUGUAAAGAAACGACAUGCUGCUAUAGUGUUACAAUCAGGUUUAAGAGGAUGGCGUGCAAGGCGUGAAGUUGAUCGUCGUCGUAAGGAAAUUCGUAAAGCGAUUGAUAUGGAAACACGAAAGAUACGUCGUUUGAAUUUGUAUGCUGAAACAGAAGAAGGAUGUGAAAAUAAUACUGUAUUAAAUGAGGAAUGUAAUCGAACAACUGAUCCAUCAUCUCUAGCUAAUGUGGAAUAUUUAGAUUUACCCAAAAAUGUUGAGAAAAAAUUACAAAAUGGAUUUCCUACUAAUAGAAUGUGUGAUAUACGAACUGUUUAUCACUAUAUUCCGUAUAACAAACGUAUUGGUAAAUCGUUAGAACUUCCAACAGAAACCAUUGAACAGUUUGCAGAAAAUAAUUUUAAAGGUCAUUUGCUGCAAAUGCGACGUGAACCAAUUGCUACUCCAUUUUUGCAUAAAGAAACUGAAAUGGAAUUUAAUCGAUCAUUGGAAAUGUUUGCAAUGAUAUUACAAUAUAUGAAUAAUGCACGAAUGAAUUGUGAACAAUUAGCAAUUCUUGGCAAAGCAAUCAUUCAAAUAGCAUUAGAUAAUCCUGUACAAAGAGAUGAACUUUUGGUACAACUUUGUAAUCAAACAUAUCGUAAUGGAGUGAAAAAUAAUGCUGAUAAAGCCUGGACAUUACUUCUUGGUGCAAUCAAUAGUUUUACACCUUCACCACAACUAUAUCCUGCUCUUAUGAAUUAUUUUGAACAACAAACACCAAAUUUAUCACUUCAAUUGAUUGAUAGUUUACUACGGCAAUGUAUUGGUAGCAAAAAUUUAUCAAAAUCUCGUCAUUUUGCGCCAACUUUUCUGGAACAGGCUAGUUUUAAACAACAACAAGCAGCUGUGUUACGAAUUAAAUGUGCCGAUCAAAAUGAAGCAUUAUUUGAAGUGCAUUCAUGGAUGACUGCCGAUGAAUUGGCACAACGAUGUUUGCAAAUUCGAGGCAUUGGUGAUCCAGAUGGUUGGACAUUAAGUGUAGAAGAUGAACGUUUUGUUAUAUAUGCACCAGGAAAUUGUUAUGUUUAUGAUAUACUAGCACAAAUGGAACAACAAUCAACAGAAAAUAAUAACGAAAUUUUCAUUAUGUUUGAUAAUAGCAUUAAUUGGAAAGUUACACGAAGUAAUGGAAAUAUUACAAAUAGAAGAGAAAAUGAAGCAAAUGAUAAUGAAUUGCAACAGAAUGAUAUUUUGCUAAAUCGUUUUGAAACAAAUAAAUCAGGACUAGAGCAGCAAUCAAUGAUACCACAACGAUCAGUGCAGUUUGUAUCAGAAGGGAUAAGAAGUGAUUUGUGUGCUGAAUCUAAACUGAAAGAAUUAAACUGUAGAACAUUUCAUACAGAUACAUUUGUUGACGGAGAAAGUGCAACAAAAACACCUCCAAUACCGCCGCCACAUUGGAAUUCAAACUUACAUGGGCAACAACAGUAUCAUCAACAUCAACAACAACAACAUUAUGAAAUUGAGGAUCGAGCAGGAAAGGAUAGUGAAUUUUUAUAUGGUCAACAACAUCAUUUAUUGCCAGAAUUAUCAACAAGUACUUUAAAUAAACGAUAUAAAAUUAAUCAAAUCCCAGAUCUUGCUAAUAUCAACAAUAAUUAUUACGAUACAGUGAUGGAUCGUAAACGUUAUGAUGAUAGCAUUUACAGUAAUGUCACCUAUGGUGGUCGCAAUAUGAUACAUAACAAUUUUCAUAAACAUCACCAUCAACAUCAACAACAACAACAGCAUGAUACUACAUUGCAACGUUAUCGACGUCAACAACAACAAUUUGUUGAACUUCGACAACAACAACAGCAACAUCAUGAUCAGCAACCUAAUUUUGCUUAUAUACCGCAACAUUUUACUGCAAUGCCUGCUAUGCCUUUUGUACCAGCUCAAGUACAAUUUAUGCCAGUAAUGCUUCCAACAACUUCAUUUCUACCAGCACAACCAUUAUUACCACCAGCACCACCAUCACAUCGGCAAUCAAUGAUAACUGAUUUGGAGAAUGGAACUGGACAACGAUUAAUUAAUCAACAGCUGAAUACAACAAAUGCAUCAUCAUCAUCAACCGUUCUUAUCAAUACGAUUGAUAGCAGUGAUGCGCAACAACAUCACUCUGAUAAUUUCACGGCAAGCAAAUUAUGA